ACCAGGAUCAAGUAAUUUAGAGUAGCCAACAUUACAGAACCAGGAUGAAUUUCAGUGUGUGGUUGUUAGUGUGUUUCUGGGGUUUAACUUUGGGCCAGGAAAUUUCACUUGAAACAGAAGAAAUCAAUGAAAUCGGGUCAUGUUUUCCUGACACGUGUAAGUUCCUCAGAGAGUUUGGAGCCGUGCAAGCUAAACUGGAAGCUGUGGAAACAAAGCUGAAAGAGACUGAAAGCCAGGUUCUGGCACUUAAAGAGAAAGAGGCAGUCAAGGUGGUUUUCAGUGCUUCAAUACUGGGGGAUUCAGCUGUUGGACCCUUCGACACACCAAUAACCUUAAUCUACAGAAAUGUAAUAACAAACGUGGGCAACGCCUACAACCAGCACACAGGUAUCUUUGUUGCACCUGUUAGAGGCAUGUACUACUUCUCCUUCUUCUAUCAUGCUGGUGGAGAACAUGCAGUGCGUCUGUAUCUCUUCAAGAACAAUGUGCGUGUUCUGGACAGCACUGAUCACAAGACACAGAAUGACGGGGCUGAUAACGGAGGCAAUGCUGCCUUCAUGGAGCUGCAACAGGGAGACCAGGUGUAUGUCCAGCUGGGUGCAAAGACACAUGUUUGGGGAAAUCACUAUUCAACUACUUUUAGUGGCUAUCUUAUGCAUCAGGUCUGAAAAACAUUGAUGUGAUCAUUAGAAUGGCUUUAAACUACUGACUAGACAGUCAGUGAUCUUCAAAUCAUAUAUAUAUGUAUAUA